AGACAAACUUUUGGCAGAAGCAAAGCAGGCUGUACAAAACAUCGUGAGACCAGCAUUUAAAGAAUUGGCUGAAUAUAUAGAAAAUGAUUAUUUGAAGCACACACGCUCUGAUGUAGCGGCCUCCUCCCUCCCUAAUGGUCAGGAGCUAUAUCAGGCAUGUCUGGAUUUUCAUCUUUCUCUAUCAAUGACCCCAAAGGAAGUGUUUAACAUAGGUCAGGAAGAGGUGGAGAGAAUCACGCAGGCAAUGAAAAAGAUCACCCAGGAGGAAGGCUAUGGAACAGAUAUAAGGAAGUUUAAAGAAGACAUUUCCAAAAGGGAUGAAUUCCACUUUAAAACUCCUGAAGAGCUGAUUGAUUAUGUACAGAAGACAUGUUUUGAGAAAAUUCAACCAAAGUUACCUCUUUUAUUUAAGGAAUUUCCAAAAUCUAAACUGAAGAUAGAGGCCACUCCGCCCCUUAUGGAUGGUGGAGCAUUGGCGUUCUACAUGAGUGGGUCCCCUGAUGGAACUAGGCCUGGUGUGUACUACAUUAGUACAUCUAACUUGCCUGGAAGUCCAAAAUAUGAACUACCAGCUUUGAGUUUACAUGAAGGAGAGCCUGGACAUCAUUUUCAAGGAAUGAUUGCUAUGGAAAUAAAGGAUAUCCAUAAAUUCAGAAGAGCUCAAGAGGAUCUGCACUAUUCUGUUGUCCCUUCCAGAUUUCCAAUGUAUACUGCACAUUUGGAAGGUUGGGGUCUGUAUUGUGAAUAUUUGGGAGAAGAACUCGGCUUGUAUGAGGAUAACUACACCUUGUUUGGGCGAUACUGUUUUGAGAUUUUGAGAGCUGUUCGUCUUGUUGUUGAUACAGGGAUUCAUGCCUUUGGUUGGACUUUUGAGGAGGCCCUGAAUUACAUGAAAGAGAAAAUCUUCAUGGAUGCCAAACAUUUGGAAAAGGAAUGUAAAAGAUAUGUUACAUUGCCAGGACAAGCAUGUGCCUAUAAAAUUGGUGAAAUAAAACUAAAGCAACUACGACAGAAAGCCAGUCUAGCAUUAGGAGAACGGUUUGACAUAAGAGACUUCCACUCUGUGGUCUUGAGAUGUGGGGCAGUGCCACUUAACUUUUUGGAGCAAAAAGUUGAUGAAUACAUCGAGGAAAUAAUGGCGACUUAACCAUCUAUAGAAAAUGGAUGUUUAAAAUAUGAUAAUCAGACGAAUUGUUUAGAAUCGUUUUCUUCUAAAAGCUCUAUUGCUUAUGCUACUUGUCUUUAUCCCACAUUUAAUAUUGACAUAUAAAUUAUAAAAAUUAUUAGGUUUGAUAUACAUGUAUGUGAAAAUUUGAGAAAAUAUGGUUUAAAACUCUUCAUUUGUGAAUUUCUGAAGAGAGGAACAAUUCCACAUGGUUUGAGUUACAUGUAGUAUAUCAAAUGUAGAUAAACAGGCAGAAUUAAUAAUUUAUAGUGAUUUGUCAUAGACAGGAAGUGAGAAACAAUAAAAUUCUAUGUUUACAUAAUCUGAAGAUUUUUUCUACCUUAGUAGAUAUUUGUUAUAU